ACCAUUAGCACUAUGAAGAAUAUCAUCCUGCUGUGUGUAUUUGUUAUCCUGCCGGAUAAAUCAACGAUGGACAAGAGCCAUCCGACAAUUCAGAACAAACUGCGACAACAGCUGGAAAACACACCCUGGAAAUGGAAACUCGCGGAAUCCCGUAUUCAAAAGGAUCACCCUGUUUCCUUCAAUGUAAAUUUUGUUUCCACCUACAAAGUGACUGGAAUCAUCAAGGACAAAUACCCAAUGUUGAGAGACUGUGCAACCAUAUUGAAGAAGAACCCAAAGAGAAAGAGGCAAGAUGGAGUGUAUGUAAUAUAUCCUGAUCUUAAAACAAAGAAGCACGUGUACUGUGACAUGACAACAGAAGGCGGCGGCUGGACGGUUAUUCACAAAAGACUAGACGGGUCGACAGACUUUUACAGGGACUGGAGAGCCUACAAAACUGGAUUUGGUAAUGCCAAUCACAACUAUUGGAUAGGAAACGACGUUCUAUAUUUGCUGACCAAGUCAGGGAACCACGUCCUACGUGUGGACCUUCAGAAAUUCAACGGUCAGAAGGCGUACGCUAAAUACUCCAAGUUCUCUGUUGGUGACGAAAGCAGCAAAUACAAACUGACUGUGUCUGGAUACAGCGGCACGGCAGGGGACAGCUUCAGCUACCACAAUGGAAUGAAAUAUACAACAAAAGAUCAAGAUAACGACAACUAUAAAACAAAUUGCGCGACGUAUUAUAAAGCAGCGUGGUGGUAUAACAAGUGUUCCUAUUUGAACAUGAAUGGACAGUAUGCUAACUCCGCCGUGGUCAGUGACUUCAAACUUAACUGGUAUGCUUGGGGGAAUAAACACGAAGCAUUGAGAAGAGCCUCCAUGAUGAUCCGACCAUGGUAAUUGAUACAGAGUGUCAACACAAUUAAUAAACUAUGGAAAUGAA